AUGUCAACGAAACAGACGAGCAGUUGCCGCUGGUUAACUCUGAUCCUGCUGGCCAUGUUUUUGCGCUUCUCCGAGUGCCAAUACUACGGAUAUCCCUAUUACGGCGGUGGUGCGGGAGCGGGUGCCGGAGCGGGCUCUGGUUAUGGAAACAUCUAUGGCAAUGGCGGGUACGGAGGAUACCCCUACGGCUAUGGCGGAUAUCCAUACUACUCGUCGUACCCCAGCUACAACUACAACCCGUAUUCGAUGUACGGCGGAUACGGGCAGUACGGGUAUCCCUCGUUCGGCGGAUAUCCCUUCGGGGGCAAUGGCAUGAACACGGCCUAUGCCAGCAGCAGUGGAGGAUUCGCUACGGCGAGUGCGGGCAGCGGAGGAUACUACGGCUGA